GAUGCCGCGUGAGAAUGUACGGAUCCUCCCAGACUGGUUUUGGAUUAAGAUCCUCUAACCUCAACCUCGACCUCCAGAUCUGUAAGGAGGAUAAACCUCACCUAGCUCUCAUCCAAGCCCUAGACCUCAUCAAGGACUCAAACAAGUUCAAGAAUGUUGAAGAUGAUUUCUCCGCCAACCUUCCCUGCAUCAGAUUCAAGGCGGAGGGGAACAGUCCUUCAGGUUUAGAUGUGGAACUAUCCUUGAACAACCAUCAUGCUCUUCAGACCAGCUCCAUUCUCCAGGAUUACAUGGAGCUCGAUCCUAGGGUCCGAGUUUUGGGUGUGAAUUUCCGGUACUGGGCUGCCCUGACUAAACUAGAUAAACAGGCAGAAGGAACAUUAUCCCCACAUACAUUUCCCAUCUUACUCAUCUACUUUCUUCAGAGAACUAAACAGCCUGUGGUACCCUGUAUACAUGAGUUUAUGGAAGACAGCAACGAUGAGGUCUAUCAUCCUAACAAGGAGAAACUCAGAGAAUGGAAAAGUGAAAAUGCUGAUUCUGUUGCCGAGCUCUGGAUUCAACUCUUCCAGUUUUACAGUUUGGCAUAUGCUAGCUCCGACCUGGUAGUCAGCAUAAGGAAAGCCGAGGAUACCACCAAUGAGGAGAAGGAUUGGAAAUCUAAGAAGCUUGCUAUUGAGGAUCCCUAUUCAAUGAAGAGAAAUCUGUGCCGAAGUAUCCAACAUCCAUCAGUAUUCAACUACAUCGCGGACUGCUUUAAAACAGGUUAUCUGUACUUUGGAACUAUUCAAACUUCGCAUGGACCAAUCAUAACUAAAAUCCUACCUAACCAGGUAGCAAAACAUGGACCAAUUAUAACUAAAGUCCUACCUAACCAGUUAUAG